AUGCUGAGACUGUUGUUGAACCCGUAAAAUAAAUGAAGAAAUGUAAGAAAGAGUCAAAAUUUGAGUGAUAGGAUUUACUGUAAGGGGUGUGUAACUUGAAGGCAAGGAGUUCUAUUGCUAGUUUGUGUACACAUAUUGCGAAGGCUGAAAGUAUUGUUGAAUUUAUUCGGUAGCCUGAGCAAUUAUUGAGAGAGUUCUGCAUGCAUGCGAAUUGCGAAGGGCCACUUGAACACACUUCACGAUCUCUAGAAGCCACCACCAAAUAUAUACUGGCUUGAUGUAGGAACACAAGAAUAAGGUUGACCUAGCACCCUCUACAGAACGCCAGUAUUUAAACACCUGUUGAUUGUUCCCGUCAGCCGGUCGAUAAAGGCGUACUACACAGACCCACAUUAUAGAAAAGGCGAUGUACAUGCACUGCAGUGGAAGAUAUGAAUUCGAAGGAUGUUUAACUGGGAUAAUAGCCUAAGGCAUCAAUGACACGUUCAGCAUUGGUUCUGGUGGUUUCUUAAUACUUGACAGGUUAAUGGUGGAAACUGCUCGUAAACAGCUCAUCGAACAUUUUAGGACAUCGUAGGACAUCGUAGUACAUCGUAGAAUAUCGUAGAAAGAGAGUCCAAUGGUAAAUCUCAUCCAAGGCGUUCAGACGACAUCUUUAAGCUCACCAUCAUGUUUUCACAACACAAGAAGAAGCAAACCCUUGAGAUACAUCCCGAUGAUCCUGUCUUCCGGGCAGCAUACCUUGGAAAGAUAGAAAUCACAAGCGCCAUAGAGCCGCCUGCCGUAGUCAAAGCCGUUCAAGCAUUAUGGGAACGAGCUCACAAGAUCGGCCCGGAGAAGCUCCCUCGAGUGUCAGUCACGCUUGGGCCACAUGGUAUCUUCAUGGAGGACACGCGUCCGAAGACCAACCAUCAGUUCCAGUUUAGUCUCAGCCAGAUAUCGUACUGUAUGGCGAACAAAGGUUAUGGGUGUGUUUUCGCUUGGGUUGUGGCGGAACCCGGGGGAAACGCAAGCAGUGAAGGCGUCUCACAAGGUAAUGGAAGCGGCGAAUUUGAUUCGAAGAGGGAAUCGGCGCCGAAGAAACCGCGUUGUCACGUGAUUGUUUGCGAUAGGGAAGACGUUGCCCGCGCCAUGGCGUUGCUCAUGACCGCAUACUUUAACUCCGCUUACCGCGAUCACAAAUCCAAAGAAAGGCGGGAGACGAGAAAGCAAGUCGCCAGGGAGAUGAUGGACGAACUGGAAAGCCGACUUCCAUCGAUAUCGUCCGAUGAUGAUGCUUCUCCUUUUCCGACUAGAUCCGAUUCCCGUCAGUCUUCCACGAGGUCCAACAAGUCCGAUAGCAGUGAGAAGGUCAGCCCUAUUCACGCGAUGGUGGCGAAGGCCUUCGGCUUAUCACCAAAGGCGCUUUCUGAGACGGAUUCAAUAGCGAUGCGGAAUACCGAGGAAAAGCUGAGGACACUUCGGAUUGACCCGGACAGAAUAAGAGGGAGUGGGGAGCUCGAGUCCAUGUUUAAUAGGGUUUCCAAAAGUGAUGCAUACUAUUAAACAAACAAAACAAACAAACAGAAUUCCAAACGAUUUGUGCAGAUUCAAACAGCAAUCUUUCCGUGUUCAAUAUUAUGUUCAAGUACGUAACACUAACAUACAUGUAAUUAAAAAAGUUAGUGUUUCAUUCUUGUCUUUUGUUGUAAGAUGUUAUCGUUGUUAUUUGUUUGUUUGAAUAACUUACUAUACAUACCAUAGUACGUAGUAUAAAGUUUUCAAUAAACGUGUUGAAGAGAUGUGAAUCAUUUAUUUUGUAUGGUGUUUAUUGAUGACAUUUUAACAUAAUGGGAAGGGGGCGGAACAAAAAGUUUCACCAAAAAUGAAAUGCAAUAUCUGUAAAUUUCAGUCAUUGAAAGAAGAUCUAAUUGCCUGAAAUCCUUCAUAAGUGGUUUAUUAUAAGUGUGUGAACAAUGUCUUCCUUACUUUUUCAAAGUGGUAUUCAAAACUUUUUUUUAAU